AUGAACUUGUUGUCAUCGUCUUUUGCUGCAGUUCUUCUAUCGGCUGUCAUUGCCGCGUAUAUUCUCAAGGUGGUAUGGCGGCAAGUAUCCUACCAGAGUCUUGCCCGGAGAGCAGGCUGCAAGCCGCCGCCUGCUCGCCCGUAUCGACUCCCGUUCGCCAUUGACAACAUUGUUCGCACCAUGCGCGCCAUCCUGGACCACACUCUUCAGAAUGACGAAGUGGCCGUCUACGAAGAGAUGGGCUGCCCUGCAACCUGGCGCCAAAACAUCUUGGGCGUGUGGUACCACGCGACGGCCGACCCGGAGAACAUCAAGGCCUUGCUGGCGACGCAGUUUAAUGAUUUCGAGCUAGGGUCUAUACGGUUGGACCACAUGGGGCCUCUGAUCGGACACGGUAUAUUCACCAGCGACGGUAAAGAGUGGCAGCAGCAGCGGUCGAUGCUGCGUCCACAAUUUACUCGAGCCCAAAUAUCCAAUCUGACACUUUUGGAAGCCCACGUUCAGAAUCUCUUUCAGCAUUUCGAUAGCCCUCAUGCAGGCUCUUGGACAGCCGAGGUCGAUUUGGCACCGCUGUUCUUCAACUUGACUCUCGAUGCGGCGACCGAGUUUCUGUUUGGCCAAAGCGUAGAAUCGCAAAUUCAUCAUGGUAAAAAGUCCCACGGCGGCUCUGACAGUGGCAAAAAGUCUGGGCAGGACGGGCUUAUUAGUGGCAAAGACUGGUCGUCGUUUGGUCGAGCCUUUGACAGAGCCAAUGCCACCAUAGCCCUUCGUGGGAUGCUCAUGGAUUUUUAUUAUCUGUACAGGCCGAGCUCUCUCGCUCAGGACUGCAGAGAGGUGCACAAGUUUGCAGACCACUUUGUCCAGCGCGCUCUGAAUACAGAGGUACAAGACACCGAGGGCGAUUCCGAGACGGAAGCCUACGUUUUUCUCAGAGAACUUGUCAAGACUACCAGGGAUCCGUACGUCCUACGGAGCCAGCUGCUCAACAUUCUACUGGCAGGCAGAGACACCACUGCCGGUCUCUUGGGAUGGACCUUUUACCUGCUCGCCCGCCAUCCCGACUACUACAGCAAACUCCACCGCAUUGUAGUGGAAACAUUCGGGCCAUCAUGCUCAGCUGACAGCGCCUCCAUCAUCACGUUCGAGUCCCUCAAAGCAUGCCACCCCGUGCAGCACCUCCUCUCUGAGGCCCUGCGUCUGCACCCCGUCGUGCCCGAGAAUGGCCGGCGCGCCGUCCGCGACACGACGCUGCCCCGCGGCGGCGGACCCGACGGGCAGUCGCCCGUCUUCAUCCGCAAGGGCCAAGACGUCCUGUACAGCGUCAACGUGAUGCACCGCCGCAAGGACCUGUGGGGCGACGACGCGCACGAGUUUAGGCCGGAGCGCUGGGCGGAUCGCAAGCACGGCUGGGAGUACCUGCCGUUCAACGGAGGGCCGCGCAUCUGUCUCGGGCAGCAGUUUGCGCUGACAGAGGCGGCGUAUGUCGUCGUGCGGAUGCUGCAAAAGUAUGGCAGGAUUGAGAAUCUGGACCCGGACACGGUGACGAGGCACCGUUACACAUUGACGACGGCGCCGGUCAAGGUGGCGGUAAGGCUGCAGCAGGCCAAUUAG